CCCGGAAGCGGGGGAGGAACUUCGGAGCGGUUGUCCCGGUCACUGGGAGGCGGAGCCGCCGAGCCCGCUGUGGCCCGGAUGUUCGGUGUAGCUGACAGAUCCGCGAUCUAGGGCUUCUCGAGCAAAACCUUCAGGCGGCCGAUGGCUGUCGAUAUUCAACCAGCAUGCCUUGGACUUUAUUGUGGGAAGACCCUAUUAUUUAAAAAUGGCUCAACUGAAAUAUAUGGAGAAUGUGGGGUAUGCCCGAGAGGACAGAGAACGAAUGCACAAAAAUAUUGUCAGCCUUGCACAGAAUCUCCUGAACUUUAUGAUUGGCUCUAUCUUGGAUUUAUGGCAAUGCUUCCUCUGGUUUUACAUUGGUUCUUCAUUGAAUGGUACUCGGGGAAAAAGAGUUCCAGCGCACUUUUCCAACACAUAACUGCAUUGUUUGAAUGCAGCAUGGCAGCUAUCAUCACCUUACUUGUGAGUGAUCCAGUUGGUGUUCUUUAUAUUCGGUCAUGUCGAGUAUUGAUGCUUUCUGACUGGUACACGAUGCUUUACAACCCAAGUCCAGAUUAUGUUACCACAGUGCACUGUACUCAUGAAGCUGUCUACCCACUAUAUACCAUUGUAUUUAUCUAUUAUGCAUUCUGCUUGGUAUUAAUGAUGCUGCUCCGACCUCUUCUGGUGAAGAAGAUUGCAUGUGGGUUAGGGAAGUCUGAUCGAUUUAAAAGUAUUUAUGCUGCACUUUACUUCUUCCCAAUUUUAACUGUGCUUCAGGCAGUUGGUGGAGGCCUUUUAUAUUAUGCCUUCCCGUAUAUUAUAUUAGUGUUAUCUUUGGUUACUCUGGCUGUGUACAUGUCUGCUUCUGAAAUAGAGAACUGCUAUGAUCUUCUGGUCAGAAAGAAAAGACUUAUUGUUCUCUUCAGCCACUGGUUACUUCAUGCCUAUGGAAUAAUCUCCAUUUCUAGAGUGGAUAAACUUGAGCAGGAUUUGCCCCUUUUGGCUUUGGUACCUACACCAGCCCUUUUUUACUUGUUCACUGCAAAAUUUACCGAACCUUCACGGAUACUCUCAGAAGGAGCCAAUGGACACUGAAUGUAGACAUGUGAAAUGCCAAAAACUUAGGAAGUGUUCCUAAUAAAAAAGUAAAUAAAUCUUAACAAUGUAUGAGAACUGUUCUGUCAUAUAUGGGAACAAGAUUAUCGGUAUAUCUUAAUGUUUGGGUUGUUUUUGUUUAGUUCAUGGUUAGACUUGGAAAAUGCAAAACCCCUAAAUACUCUGUUACACAGGGUAAUAUUAUCUGCUACAUGAGAAGCCCACUAGGAAGCACUUGCUUCUCUCAACAGUGCAGCUGUUCUUUAGAGCAAAAUCCUGUUUCUGUGUACCUAGCAAUGUGUUCCCAUUUUAUUAAGAAAAACUUACAUAUGUAAUCUGCAAUCCUUAGCAGUGGCAUAAUUGUGUGCACCUCUUGUGUUUCAGUUUGUUUUUCACCUAUAAUGAAUUGUAAAGACAAACAUACUUGUGGCGUCUGAUAGCAAACAUAGAAAUGAUGUAUGUUGUUUUUUGUUAUCUGUAUAUUUUCACCAAUACAGUAUUUUGAUAUAUUGCAAAUAGAUAAUAAUUUAUAUAACAGGUUUUCUGUUUAUAGUUUGGUUCAAGACUUGUUUGGAUUAUUGUUCCUGUAAAGAAAACAGUAAUAAAAAGCUUGACUACAUAAAAUUUCAGUGUUUUGACACUUAAUUGUUUUUUGGCACAAUAGUAUGGAAGUAAUUCAAACUAGUAGUUUCCUCUUACAUCUGGGGCAUAUAUACAUACCAUAUUUUAUUGAUCUAGAGAUACUUUUUAUUUCACGUGACAUCUCUGAAUUAGAAUGCAUCUUACAACUGAUGGCAUAUUAGAUUUAAUAAAAUACAGAAGAUACACAAUAUAAAAAUGGUUUUUCUGUGGAUAGUUUGUUUUUUGUGAUAGGUGUUCUGUGAUGUUUAUGCUCUGAAGGCUUUAAGAGACUCAUGGAUGCAACUAUGGAAGCAAAAUAAAGUUUUUAGCACUUAACCUAACAAUCUGACCAUGUUUAUCCAUUUUUAUUGUUUAGAAGUUUAUUUACCGGUUCUGCUACUUGGUGGUGAUUGUAUGAAUUAAAUUUUAAACAUUUAAGACUUCUAUUAAUAGCUGCAAAAUGUGAAAGUAAGUGCACUCACUUUUCCUGUAGUUGUGUUUGUCUUUUGAAUUCACAGCAGUUGUAUCCUUUCAUUAUUUUGUUAGUUAUUCUUUGUUAAUAUAUUUUUCUCAGUACAUUUAGCCUCUGGGAAAUGAACUCUUUUGGUACCACUGUGUUUCUUCUUUUCUGUAGGAAUAAAAAAUAAAUGUAAAAAUUCUAUUUGUAUUACA